AUCUUAACUGCUGUUUAAAAGUAAAAAAAUAGUUUUAUUUCUAAUUUUCUGCCGACCUUCCAGUUGUUUUUUAACCUUAUGGCAACAGCUAUGUUGCGAUUACUUCCAUUUGGGAAGAAUGGCUUCAAAACCAAGAAUGUCAUUUCAAUUUUCGGUCGUUCUAUGUCAGCAACAACCACCGCCCCACCAUCGAAUAAGGUUGAAGUUUUUGUUGACGACAAGCCAGUUAUGGUGGAUCCUUCUUGUACUGUACUCCAGGCGUGUGCGGUAGCCGGAGUUGAAAUACCGAGAUUCUGCUAUCACGAAAGGCUUUCCAUUGCCGGAAACUGCAGGAUGUGUUUGGUGGAGGUUGAGAAAUCUAUGAAGCCUGUAGCCUCAUGUGCUAUGCCUGUUUGGAAAGGGAUGAAGAUAAAAACAAACUCCGAACUGUCUAAGAAAGCUAGAGAAGGGGUUAUGGAAUUUUUGUUGGUAAACCAUCCAUUAGACUGCCCAAUUUGUGAUCAAGGAGGGGAAUGUGAUUUGCAGGAUCAAUCGAUGGUCUUUGGUAGUGAUAGAAGCCGAUUCACUGAUAUUCACUUCACCGGGAAGAGGGCAGUAGAGGACAAAGACAUUGGGCCCUUGGUUAAGACCAUAAUGACCAGAUGCAUACACUGCACUAGAUGCAUCAGGUUUGCCUCUGAGGUGGCGGGUGUGGAUGAUCUCGGAACGACAGGCAGAGGUAGUGAUAUGCAGGUUGGCACGUAUGUCGAGAAGCUCUUCCAAUCAGAACUUUCUGGAAACAUCAUCGACCUCUGCCCUGUUGGUGCCCUCACCUCCAAGCCAUACUCAUUCACAGCCAGACCAUGGGAGAUCCAGAAAGUGGAGAGCAUUGACGUGAUGGAUGCCCUGGGAAGCAACAUUGUCGUGUCCACGCGAACUGGAGAGGUCAUGAGGGUGCUGCCCAGGAUCAAUGAGGAGAUAAAUGAAGAGUGGAUAUCGGACAAAACUCGCUUUGCAUACGAUGGAUUGAAGAAGCAGAGGCUGGUCUCUCCUAUGUUGAAGGAUGGGAAUCAGUUGGUGCCAUGCAACUGGGAGCAAGCUCUCUUCAAAGUUGUCCAGAAGAUGUUAAGCGUCAAAGGAAGUGAUGUGGCAGCAGUUGCCGGAGGUCAAAGUGAUGCUGAAGCGCUUGUAGCUUUGAAGGAUUUUGUCAACAAGUUGGGGAGUGAAUCACUCUGCACUGAAGAAACAUUUCCUAACGACGCUGCCGGUACCGACCUGAGAUCCAACUACCUGAUGAACACGUCGAUUGCUGGAGUUGAAGAGGCGGACAUGUUGCUUCUGGUGGGAACCAAUCCUCGCUACGAAGCCCCCGUCUUCAAUGCCCGCAUCAGAAAGAGUUGGUUACAUAACGACUUGCAAGUUGGCGUCAUUGGUCCCAAAUUGAACCUUACCUACGAUUAUGAAUCUCUGGGUGACUCACCGAACGUUUUGUUUGACCUGCUUUCUGGCAAGCAUCCAUUCUACAAGACGUUGUCGUCGGCUCGUCGUCCUAUGAUAGUGGUUGGCAGUGCAGCCCUGCAAAGAAAAGAUGGCUCGUCCAUUCAUGCCCUGGUCACUCAACUAGCACAACACGUUCGCACGUCGAGUCAGUGCGGGAAUGAUUGGAGAGUCCUCAAUGUUCUCCAUAGGGUAGCCAGCCAGGUAGCUGCAUUGGACCUCGGCUACAAGGCAGGCAUCCAACACAUCAAGGACAAUCCUCCAAAGUUGUUGUUCCUCUUGGGAGCCGAUGACGUCAUCACGAGAAAUGACUUUCCCAAAGAUUGUUUCAUCGUUUAUCAGGGUUCACACGGAGAUGUGGGUGCCAGCAUGGCCGAUGUUGUCCUACCGGGAGCAGCGUACACGGAGAAAACAGCGACGUACGUGAACACGGAGGGGAGAGCCCAGCAGACGAGGAUGGCUGUCUCACCUCCCGGUCUGGCUAGGGAAGAUUGGAAGAUCAUCAGAGCCUUGUCUGAGGUUUCUGGUCACCCGUUGUCUUAUGACAGCCUGGAUGGUGUGCGCCAACGUCUGUCUGAAGUGUCACCUAAUUUAGUUCAAUAUGGCAACUUGGAGGAGGCAAAUUAUUUCAAACAGGCGUUUGAGUUGGCUCAAGCAGUUCCAAAAACAUUAGCAGCCAGUCCGCUGGUACCGCCCCAACAAUCCCUCCGGGAUUUCUACAUGACAGAUGUCAUCAGCAGGUCUUCAAAGACCAUGGCCAACUGCGUCAAGGCUGUAACGGAGAACGAAGUCAAAAAAUGAACGAUGAAAAAUUUUUUUUCAAUUUUCUCUUCCAGUAUAAAAAUUGUACGGUUAAAUAAUACUAAAAUAGGACAAGGAUAAUUUAAUUUAUGACGAAACGUUUUAUUGUUUAGUCUGCGGUAACUGUUAUUAUAUGGUAUCAUAAAAUGAAUAAAGAUACUUUUUCCAAAAAUUUUAAAAA